AUGCGGGCAGAGCCGCAGACCAUCGAUGCAACCCACGCCGGAACCAUGGUGCAGGAGCUCGGGGCCCUCCAGGACCAUGCGGGUCCAGAUCGAGCCCGCCACCCCACCGCCAUCUGCCAACCGCCAGUCGCCGCACCUCCGGCCGCCGUUGCCACGCACCACCACCGCAAGGCCCGAGAGCGAGCGCCGCCGUCGCCGAGCCCUGCCGCGACCAGCAGGAGCCCCGCCGCCGCCACACCGCGCAAGCUUUGCCCGGCAGCGCCUUCGGCGGUGGCGGAGGGAAGGGACGGCGUGAGGGGAGGGGAACCCGGGCGGCGGCAGCUCCCAACCCUAUCCGCGCCCGCCACCCUCCUGCCCCGCGCCGCCACCCUCCUCCUGCCCCGCGCCGCCACCCUCCUGCCCCGCGCCCGCACCUCCCCGUCGCCGGCCGCCCCGCACCUCCCCGUCGCCGGCCGCCCCGCACCUCCCCGUCGCCGGCCGCCCCGCAGCUGGCCGUCGGCCGCCCGCGCCCGCACCUCCCCGUCGCCGGCCGCCCCGCACCUCCCCUUCCCCGGCCGCCCUCCUCCCCUGCCCCGCCCUUCCCCGGCCGCCCUCCUCCCCGACCCUCCCCUUCCCCGGCCGCCCUCCUCCCCUGCCCCUCCCCUUCCCCGGCCGCCCCGCCACGGCCCCUCGCCCCGCAGCACACCGCGCCGCGCCGCCCCUCCUCCCCUCCCGCAGCACGCCGCAGCGGCCCCCUCCUCCCGCAGCACACCGCCCCGGCCCCCUCCUUCCGCAGCCGUGCCGCCCGAGCCUCUCCUCCCCUCACUGGCCGGCUCCAUGGAGAGCUCAAAGGCACCGGCGUGA